GCAUUUAACACGCUGACGAGACGAAGUUGAACAAGCAGCAGCUGCAGCAGAAGCAGAAGAAGACGAAGCACGACGACUCUCUUCAUCUCCCCCUCUCCUUCUCUUGCAAUCAAUCUCUUCUCCAAUUCUUCCUCUAGAAUAUUAUAAUCCGGCAAUUAUAAGAUCUUGUGCACAAGCAAAGACAUUUGACAUUCAUCAACGCUCGUCUACCAAACAACACAUAUGGGGGAAACUGUUAAAGAGCGUGGAGAUGCAAGUGCGGAGCUGGUAAAAGCCAUUGGUGAUAAGCAUGCCAGUCUCGUCAGACCAGCUGCUAAAUAUUACUCUGCACUUAAAGAUGCUGUGGUUUGUGGGAAAGGAAGAUAUACACUUGUAAAAGAUGUGGACGAGGUAGAAAGUGGAGCGUAUGACAAACCUCUUCCAUGCUUUGGUUGUGGAAUCGGAUGGUUUUCCUUCCUGCUGGGUUUUUUGUUCCCUUUCUUGUGGUUCUAUGCGACAUUUCUCUAUUUCGGAAACUACUACCGCAAGGAUCCUAGAGAAAGAGCUGGCCUUGCUGCUUCAGCAAUCACUGCGAUGGGAUUCUCCCUCCUGCUACUGGCGAUUAUUGUUUUCAGGUGGUUUUAAUGGGUUCUCACUUAUACCAUAAUGUUGAGAUACAUAAAAUGAAGAUCCCAUACUUGUCAAAGGAAUAGAGGAGGGACUUAGAUACUUGUCUGUACAUAAACCUCACAUACAGAUAUUAUAUACCUCAUCUUUUUACUCAAGCUCUGUAUCAUUUUCUUUUCACAAUGUACAAUUGUGUAUAAAGAAAAGAGAAGAGAAAUAAAUGAGCAAAUGGUUGUUUGAUUCUUGA